AUGGUAAGUUGGUUGUCAAAACUUCUUGGAACAAUAAAAGAAAGAAGAAUAAUUAUUACUGGAUUAAAUGGUGCAGGUAAAACUUCUAUUCGUUAUAAACUAAUAUUAGGUGAGUUUGCUACGAACAUCCCCACAACUAUUGGAUUUGGAGUUGAGGCAUUUGAGUAUAACAGUAUUCGUUUUAACUUUUGGGAAGUUAAAGGCCAAGACAGAACUAAAUCUUUAUGGAAAAAUUACUAUGUCUAUUCAGAUGGAAUUAUAUUUGUUGUUGAUUCAACUAAUACUGAAGAUCAAUUAAUACAAGCAAGAAACCUUCUUAAUCAAAUACUUAGUAUCAAAGAAUUAUCAGGACUUCCAUUGUUAGUUUAUGCUAAUAAAUUUGACUUACUUCAAUCCAAAACUGUGGCUGAGAUUACUAAACAAUUAAGACUAAAUCAAAUUAUAGGAAGAGAAUGGUAUUGUCAAACGUCAUGCACAAUCAAUGGGGAUGGUCUUUAUGAAGGUCUUGAUUGGCUUUCUUCAAAAAUCAAUUAA